AUGGAUUUCUUAUACGAGACCCAAGAGAUACCAAUUGAAACUGUAUCAACAACUGAACAAGAAACAGUACCAAAGAAAAAAAAUAACGAAGAAAAUAAUGACAAUCCUUUAUUGAAAAAUGUGAAACAGGAUAUUAAAACUGAACAAGCAUUCAGUGAUUUAGAACAAGCAUUAGAUCAUGGUAUCACUAAAACAACUAAUUUCUUGUAUAAUCUCUGGAACAAUGAUCAAAAAGUUGAACUUAAUAAGGAUGCUAUUACGAACACCAAGAAUAAAGACCAAGAAGAACACAACAAUACUAUUAAAGACAAAGGUGAUGAAACUGCUACGACCACAAACAAGGAUGCAAUAAUAAAUGAACAACUAACUCAGAGUCUUUUAGAUGCUGUUGAUACUAAGAUAAUGCAAGCUGAAAAUUACAUUCAAAGCAACGUUAGUGUCUUAAGCUCUGAGUUGUCUUCGAAAUUUUCAAAUCUAAAAAUAGAAGAUGUCAAGAAAAACAUCAUUUCCACUCAUGAAAAAGUUACCAAUUUGGCAAAACAAAUCUCUGGAGACAAUCAAGAUACUGAAAACAAAAAUAAAAUAGCCAUUGAAAACUUUUUAAAAUCCAACGAGAACGCUAAACUUACAGAAACAAUCCAAACAUUGAUUGAUUCAAUAUUCAAUACAGAAAGCCCAAAUGAUACAGAAGUUAAACAAAUGCUAUCAAAAGAUCCAUCUUGGAUUCAAUUAUAUGAGAAAGUUGUUCCCGCUAAGUUACCAAAUGAUGUAUUUUGGAGCAUAUAUGAUGAUAAAAUACUUGCCGUUAUUAAACAAAAGAAAAUAAACAUAGUUAAACAAAAAAUGGAGAGCUCUAAAAAUGUACCUUCUUGGGAUGAUGAUGAUGAUGACGAUGAUGAUAAUGAUGACGCCAACGUCGAUGAUGGAAACGACUCUAUCUCCAAUACUGCUGAAAAUAAAAAUUUAAAUGACGAUAUUGUCAUUGUGGAAAAAGAUUUUGCUAGAGGUGAUAAUAUGUAUAGCAAUUCCACAGAUAAGGAAAAUACCAAGGAAGGUGACAAUGCAAAUGAUGAUGAUGAUGAUGAUGAUGAUUGGGAGUGA